UCAUUGAACCAAAUCGCCAGACUGACAAUGGGAUGUCCCAGAUAGAGGAUGACCAGCAGUACAGAGGUGAAAGCUCUCAGAUGACGGCAGGAUGUGGAGCAGGACAGUCGUGUAUUGUGCUGCUGUAACGCUGGCUCUCCCCACACCAGAGGACACUACAGACCGCAUGAUGCAGCCACUCUCCGCAGUAGCUAGCGGCAACUACACUAUAUCAUUCAUGCCUCUGCUGUCAGUUCUUAUCAACAUGUUUCCUCGCAUCAUGUCCCGUGUGCGCCUGCAGCCUCUCACCGCAACCACUCACGCUCGCAAGUUGGAAGCACUAUGGGACUGGGAGAGAACCAGCCUUUGUUCAAUUUUGGAGACAGAGGGUUGGGCCCAACAACACGACCCUUGUGUCUUCUACUCAUGCAGCUUCGGUGGCAGCGACCUCUGUGACAGCCAGAUGCAGGGGCCUGAAAGACAGCAUUCAGACACAAUUCUGUUAACCUCAACAAGUCUUGAUGAAUGUACGACUGUGGAGGUGCGUCGGUGCUCCGACCCAUCUCACAAGUACGAUCCUGCUGUUGCCAGUUGUGUUCCUGCAAACCUCUUGUGCCAACACAAGGACAACUACUGGUUUACACCAAAACUUCCAAGUUCCUGAACUUUAAAAAAAAUUAAAAUGUUUUUGAAUUAGUUUUAAAUAUAAGGUGUAAAUAUGAGUAAUUUAUA